AUGCUGUGCAGUGUAAUUGGCAACGUGCACGGAGAGAUCGUGCCACCAUUCCCGGACCGGCCAACUGAAGGCUUCCUGCACUUCGCCGUGGAGCUGUCGCCAAUGGCGUCGCCCAGUUUUGAGGCCUCAGCAUCUGCAGGUCGUGGAGCUGCUUCUUCAGUGGCAGCUGCAGAAUUGGCAAGACUAGUGGAGCGGGGCGUGCGUGAGAGUCGCGCGCUCGACACUGAAGCGCUGGCUGUGGUGGCUGGCGAGAAGGUUUGGGCCAUCACGUGUCACGUGCACGUUGUGGACCACGGCGGAAAUCUUGUGGAUGCUGCCUCACUGGCUGCCAUUGCUGCUCUGAUGCACUACCGCCGACCGGAAGUAGCAGUGAAGGAGGGCACGAGUGGCAAUGGAGGAGUCACCGUGUACAGCGUGGACGAACACGCUGCAGUCCCACUGAGUCUCCACCACAUUCCAAUUUCCAUCUCGUUCUGUUUCCUGCAGCCAGCUACAAACAUGAAAGGCUCUAGCGAAAACGACGAUGCUGUGGAUGCUGACGAGGAUGGCGAGCCUAUCAUUUUCAUGGACCCAACGGACCGUGAGGAGCGCAUUACGGACGCACGCAUGAGUUUUACGUUCAACUCGUUCCGUGAGCUCUGCGCUGUGCACAAGAUCGGUGGAGCUGCUAUUUCUCAGACGACUGUGCUGCGAUGCGCGAAUGUGGCAGCAGCGCGUGUUGUUGAGUUGACGACGUUCCUCAAAGAGGAGGAAGAGAAAGCUGACAAGGAGGCUGUGCAGCGCCGCCGCUCGUUGCUUCGUGGUCGUGCUUUUGCUGAUAUUUCAUCAACACUGGACGAAGCAACUGCUAAGAGCACCGUCGAACAGGUCGACUUGGGUGCGAUGACAGACUUCUCGACGCUGCAUGCACCGAUCGCACUGCGCGACGACCCAACAAAUGAGGAGACUGCUCAGCAAGUUACGUCCAUGGCGGAAUUACUGGAGUCGCUCGAGACGGCAGCCGAUCUCGCAGAAGAAGAACCGAGGGCAUCUGCGCCUGGUCUUGCGAUGACGGAUGCAGCUCGAGAUGAAUUCCGACAACUGGCGAACAGCGACACAGUGCGUGAUUUGAUCCACGGUAGCAAGAAGGAGCUGCCCAAGCCUGCCCAGCCUGCAAAGAAGAAGCCUACAAUGGACAGCGACAGCGACAGCGAAGAGGAGGGAGGUGUGCUUCAAAGCGAGUUUGGCUCGGUAUCAAAACCCGUUUCACCCGCUAAGACGAAGCCGAGCUCAAAGCCUGUGAAAAAGACUCCGGUCAAGAAGGGAAGAAAGAAGAAGGCGGUGUCGAGCUCUGAUGAAGACGAAGAUGAGGAUAUGGAUCUGAGCGCCGCCAUCAAGCGCAAGUAA